AUGGCAGCUUACAAUUUCUCUAGCCUCAUAGAAGUCUUGAACCACCAAUCAUCCCAGAACUCGCAGCCAAACAAUGGAAUGGGAAAUUCCUAUGAGGACCCUUAUGUCACUGAGAUGUUUGGGGAGCUCUAUUUUAAAGAGGCCAGUCCUCCAUUUCCCCUACACUACCUUUUCCCUUCAUCUCCAUUUCCGUUUCCAUCCUCAUCGUCAUUACCAUCUUCUCUGCCUGAUCCUACUCUUGAGUAUCAAACCAACGUCCAAAACCUCAAUGGUGAUGCCAACCAUGAGAUGAAGAAGAAGAGAAAUGAGGAGCAUUGGGGCUCAGCGAACGAUAAUUGUUCGUAUGGCAAACCGAGUUCAUGGACAAGCAAAGAAAGAUUGUUUCCUCCACCAGUUUCUCACUUUAAACUGUUUAAGACUGGUAAGGCUUUUGUUUACUUCAAAUUUAAUGAGAAAACUUGCAGAUUUGUUCGCAAGGAGAUAAAGAUUCCUCCCAAAGGAUUUCUGCGUGGUUCGAGGGAAAAUGGAUGCUUGAAGUUGAACUUUGCUCACAAAAAGGUGGAAGAUGAGGAGGAGGAGGAUCAGGAGGAGGAUGAAAGUGUGGAAGCAUAA